AUUUGUGAAGUAGCUUUUUGAGACAUAACCUGCGCUAGAGUUGCACUAGAGCUCGUAAAAGCGUUCAGUGGUAAAAGGCCUUGGGUAAUAAAAGAUGGUAAAAGUGGUAAAAGUCUUUUUGACGUUUUUAUCAAAGAUAGGUACCGUGAUAUGAUCUAGAGUUUCUGGUGGUUUCUUUUGGAUUUAGACCUAACUGCUAAAUUCAGAUAGUUUUCAAUCUUUCAUUUACAUUGAAAGUACCUAGUAGAAGAUGAGGCUGACGCAAAGUCUUCUUUCGUCCGUGGGAAAGAUGACAAAGCUCUACAGUAAUUUACCAGAAUCCUACAUCAAAAGAGCAAUGGAAAAGGGCAAGGUGGGCUGGAAGACCCCGCGGGCGGUGCAGUACCAGCCGAAGGAGAUUAAGAAGAAGCACUACCGGUUCACAAUGAACCGUCCUUGGACGGACGAGUUCGCCCGCCAGAACCAGGUGUCCAGGAAGAAGGUGUACGUGAAGCCCAUCCCGAAAUGGAGCUACUUCCGCGGCGACAUGGUGGAGGUGCUGGUCGGGAAGGACAAGGGCAAACAGGGCACCGUCAGCCAGGUGAUCGAGGAGCGCAACUGGGUGGUGGUCGAGGGCCUCAACGCCCACUACCGACUGGUGGGUAAGACGGCCCAGUACCCGGGCACCAUGAUCGCCUCCGAGGCGCCGCUACUCGUCGACGACCAGGUGGCGCUGCUCGAUCCCGCCGACAAUAAGCCGUGCACUAUCGAGUGGCGCUACAACGAGUCGGGGGAGCGGGUUCGCGUCUCCACCCGGUCCGGUCGCAUCAUCCCGACUCCCACCCAGGCCGAGGAGACCUACGACUACAAGACGGCGGCCACCUACCGCGAGAGUGAGCGAGAUACCAAGGAGGACGACCUCACCAUCAUCUCCUUCAAACCCCAGCUGAGCACGUUCGAAAUGGAUGUGGCAGAGAGUAUGGGCAUUGAGCUGGGCCCCCCGCCGGCCGAAACACACUGGUAUUAGUUGGUGGGCGAUCAAGGACGCUCGGGUUUGUGUGUGUGCGUGUGAGGGUGCGGAUGUGUGGGUGAGGAACUGGUCUCUGUUUGGGCGUGGGUGGUUGUAGUAGUUACUGCUCAGAGUUGGAAUCAUGUGAGCAAUUUUGCCGUUAUGAUGAUGUCUGUGUCACUGAUGAAUGCAAUAUAGUGUCGUCUAUUUGUAA